UCCGCCGGGCUCGGCUCCCGGCGUCUUCCGCCGCCCGCGGGCCAGCGGCGGCAGCAGGAGAAGGCGGCGGCAGCGCGGGCGGCGGCGGGCGGCUCGGCGGGCCCGGGAGCGGCUCCAUGGCGACCGCGGCGACGGAACCGGUGUACGGGCUCUCGGAGGACGAGGAGGAGUCUCGAAUCCUCAGGGUGAAGGUGGUUUCUGGCAUCGAUCUGGCCAAGAAGGACAUCUUUGGAGCCAGUGACCCGUAUGUGAAACUUUCCUUGUAUGUAGCAGAUGAGAACAGAGAACUUGCUCUUGUGCAGACAAAAACUAUCAAAAAGACCCUGAACCCUAAAUGGAAUGAAGAGUUUUACUUCAGAGUAAACCCAACCAACCAUCGGCUCCUGUUCGAGGUGUUUGAUGAAAACAGACUGACCCGAGACGACUUCCUGGGCCAGGUGGAUGUGCCGCUCAGUCACCUCCCGACUGAAGACCCAACCAUGGAGAGGCCGUACACAUUUAAGGAUUUCCUCCUCAGACCAAGAAGCCACAAAUCUCGUGUGAAGGGUUUCUUGAGACUGAAGAUGGCGUAUAUGCCCAAAAAUGGUGGCCAAGAGGAAGAAAAUAGUGAUCAGAGGGAUGACUCUGAGCACGGCUGGGACGUGGUGGAUUCCAGCGAUGCCGCGUCUCGGCAGGAGGAGCUGCCGCCUCCUCCGCUGCCCCCUGGCUGGGAGGAGAAGGUGGACAACCUGGGGAGAACCUACUACGUGAACCACAACAACAGGAGCACCCAGUGGCACCGGCCCAGCCUCAUCGACGUGGGCUCCGAGUCAGAUAACAACAUCAGACAGAUAAACCAAGAGGCAGCUCACAGGCGCUUCCGCUCUCGGCGCCACAUCAGCGAGGAUUUGGAGCCAGAGCCUGCGGAGAGUGGAGACAUUCCUGAGCCUUGGGAAACCAUUUCAGAGGAGGCAAGUGCCAGUGGGGAUUCCUUGAGCUUGUCACUGCCACCUCCUCCUGCAUCUCCGGUGUCCCGGACCAGUCCUCAGGAGCUGUCUGAGGAGCUGAGCAGAAGACUCCAGGUCACUCCUGAUUCCAAUGGGGAACAACUCGGCUCUUUGAUUCAAAGAGAACCUUCCUCACGACUGAGGUCCUGCAGUGUGACAGACGCAGUCGCUGAGCAGUCCCAGUUAUCCCUGCAGAAUGGUCCCUCUAGGAGAGCUCGUUCUUCAACUGUCACAGGGGGAGAGGAGCCAACGCCUUCUGUGGCUUACGUGCACACCACGCCGGGCUUGCCUUCAGGCUGGGAGGAGCGCAAGGACGCCAAGGGCCGGACCUACUACGUCAACCACAACAACCGGACCACAACGUGGACACGGCCCAUCAUGCAGCUCGCCGAGGACGGCAUGGUGGGGCCGGGCACGAGCAGCAGCAACCACCUGAGCGAGCCGCAGAUCCGGCGGCCCCGCAGCCUGAGCUCGCCCACCGUCACCCUGUCAGCGCCGCUCGAGGGCAUGAAGGACUCUCCGGUGCGCAGGGCGGUGAAGGACACCCUGUCCAACCCCCAGUCCCCACAGCCGUCCCCCUACAACUCCCCCAAGCCCCAGCACAAGGGGGCCCAGAGCUUCCUGCCCCCGGGCUGGGAGAUGCGCAUCGCCCCCAACGGCCGCCCCUUCUUCAUCGACCACAACACCAAGACCACCACCUGGGAGGAUCCACGGCUGAAGUUUCCGGUGCAUUUGAGAUCCAAAGCGUCUCUGAACCCCAACGAUUUGGGCCCUCUUCCUCCUGGCUGGGAGGAAAGAAUACACCUGGAUGGAAGAACAUUUUAUAUAGACCAUAGAAGCCAGGUGUUGAUAUGUGGAGACAUUGAUACCAGAGACUUAGUGCCCUCCUACGAUAAUAAAAUUACCCAGUGGGAAGACCCCAGACUGCAGAACCCAGCCAUCACAGGCCCAGCGGUGCCGUACUCCAGGGAGUUCAAGCAGAAAUACGACUAUUUCCGCAAGAAGCUAAAGAAACCUGCUGACAUACCCAACAGAUUUGAGAUGAAAUUACACAGAAAUAACAUUUUUGAGGAGUCCUACAGAAGAAUCAUGUCUGUGAAGAGACCUGAUGUACUAAAAGCCAGGCUCUGGAUUGAAUUUGAGUCAGAAAAAGGACUUGACUAUGGAGGUGUGGCCAGAGAAUGGUUUUUUCUCUUGUCCAAGGAGAUGUUUAACCCUUACUAUGGUCUCUUUGAAUACUCAGCAACGGACAACUAUACACUUCAGAUUAAUCCUAAUUCAGGUCUCUGUAACGAAGACCAUCUGUCGUACUUCACGUUCAUUGGCCGGGUGGCCGGCCUGGCCGUGUACCACGGGAAGCUGCUGGACGGCUUCUUCAUCAGACCUUUCUAUAAGAUGAUGCUGGGCAAGCCCAUAACGCUGAAGGACAUGGAAUCAGUGGAUAGUGAAUACUACAACUCUCUGAAGUGGAUCCUGGAAAAUGACCCUACAGAGCUGGAUCUCAUGUUCUGCAUAGACGAGGAAAACUUUGGACAGACAUAUCAAGUGGACCUGAAGCCCAAUGGGUCCGAAAUCAUGGUAACAAAUGAAAACAAGAGGGAAUACAUUGACCUGGUCAUCCAGUGGCGGUUUGUCAACAGAGUGCAGAAACAAAUGAAUGCCUUUCUGGAGGGAUUCACAGAGCUGCUUCCUAUUGAUCUGAUUAAAAUUUUCGAUGAAAAUGAACUGGAGUUACUGAUGUGUGGCCUUGGCGAUGUGGAUGUCAAUGACUGGAGACAACACACCAUCUACAAAAACGGUUACUGCCCAAAUCAUCCUGUUAUCCAGUGGUUCUGGAAGGCUGUUCUGCUGAUGGAUGCUGAGAAACGGAUCCGGCUCCUGCAGUUUGUGACUGGGACGUCACGCGUGCCUAUGAACGGAUUUGCUGAACUUUACGGUUCAAAUGGUCCUCAGCUGUUUACAAUAGAGCAGUGGGGAAGUCCUGAUAAGCUGCCCCGGGCUCACACCUGCUUUAACCGCCUAGACUUACCUCUGUAUGAAUCUUUCGAGGACCUGCGGGAGAAGCUCCUCAUGGCCGUGGAGAAUGCCCAAGGGUUUGAAGGGGUGGAUUAACUUGGCAGCUGCCAUUCCCUCUCCAAGCACGUUCUGCUGGCUUGGGCACCUGCCCGAGGGACUCGAGGGCUUGUGGCACAGCAGUUGCCCGGCGCUGGCUCUGGAGCAGAGCCCGGCAGCGCGGGGCCGAGCCCGAGGCUGGGGCUGGCACCUGGGGUGGCCUUGCUGAUGUUCCCGCACCAGUUGUGAACUGAUCACACCUCAGCAGGACUUACUCUAUUUAUGUUGUGCCUCUGUAGGCAAAGCCCUUAAUAAAUAUUUUACACAAUUUCUAAUGGCAAUGAACGGGAUUAAUCAUUUUACAGGUAUAGUAUUACAACUCAUGUUUACUUCUUAAUUGAUUUAAGCAUUUUCAGAUUUUAUUUCAUUACAAUUAAAUAUCAUAUACUUGGAAAAAUGAGCAUUUUUCUUAAUUUCAUACCAGACUUUUUUUCAAAGCACGUUGAGCCUUGUGUUCCUAAACCAGGACAGUAGGAGAAAGCUCUGUUGGAAGCUUUACCUCCACAGGCUGUCUCUCAAAAGCAACUCUCUUCAUUAAGCACAUCACUGUUGUUCUGUAUCCAGAAGUAUGGGCUGGAUGUUGCAUUUUUGUAUAAGUACUAGAAGAGUGUCAAGGCACAGCAGAGCCCUGACACAGCAUGUCCAGAUCUCCGUUCUACUGAAACUGCCGAGCUGUACAUGUGCUACAAAGCAUCUGGGCUGGGGCUGGCAUUUAGCCUUUUAGGAGAACAUGCUGAACCCUGUCAUUCUCUCUGUACAGUGAUCCGUUUUUCAUCCUUUCUGCAUUCCUGUUUGCAAUGGAGGCAUUCCAAAUGAAAUCUGGCACUCUGGAACACAGCUCUGUUCUGGCUCCUGUUUGUGUGCACUUGCUAAUGAACCUAAUUAACACGGGGGUUGUUCAUUUCUAACAGCACUGACUCUGAAGGCACUUUCUGUACCACCAGGAAGGCAGACCUGGUUUGAGCAUAAAGUUAAUGGGAUUUACUCCUUCCCACUGCACAUGGUGAAUUUGGCUGCUGCUGUGUAAGAGAAAACCCCACCACCUCUAGACCGGAGCCUGCAGAUGUGUUCCUCAGUAAUUGUUUCUGUGAUUUCUUUUUUACUUACAAAAACUUAUUUAAUAUACACUGCUAUCUAAUUCAUUUUGUUACCAAUGACAUGUUGCAUGCCUAAUCUAUAAUGUCUGAGUUGCAUCUGUUUUCUGGCAGAUUAAAGGUGACAGAUUUGUGCUUGCCCCAGUGCAGUGACAUGGUGACAGCACUGCUGGAGCAGGGCUGGUUCCACUGACCUGCAGCUCUGCCCCAGCCUGCUCCCCAGCAUCCAAGCAAGAUGACACCACUUGCCAAAACAAACUUUCACCUCACCGCCCACAGUUUUUGAGCCCUAGCCUUACCUGCGUGUCCAGCCUGCAUCCAGCCACGCCGCGGAGCCUGGGAUACGGCAUCACCCAGCUGGAAAGAAGCCUCACUGCCAGUAGCAUUCAGCAGUUAUGGUCCCAGUCCUGAGGAAGAUUAGGGCAAUACUUGAAUGCAGUUCAAGAUUCCUUCUCUAUUAAAUAUGCUUCCUGACA